ACCAAACCUGCCAAAUACCAAACAAUUGUUUGACAAGCAAAUCGCCGGAAUUAGCAGCUUUGCUUGUGAACAAAUAAGAGGAACGAUUGUUCUAAAGUUUCAUUUUGAACUUUACGUUCUGUAAGUGUCCAAGAUGGAAGCAACCAACGCCAGUGUCGAACAACUAGAAAACAAAACCGCGACGUUGAAGUUGGAAAACACAACGAAGCGUGAUACGCUUAUUGGAUGGGAAAAGGAGUAUCAAAAAAAAUGGGAAGAUGAAAAGGUGUUCGAAGCGAACGCUCCUUUAGAGGACAUGUCUCCUGAAGAGUUGCGCGAAAAAUAUCCAAAAUUCUUUGGUAACAUGCCUUACCCUUAUAUGAAUGGAAGUCUUCACCUUGGUCAUGCUUUCACCUUAUCCAAGGUUGAAUUUACAUGUGCUUUCGAACGUUUGAAGGGAAAGCGUGUUCUUUUUCCCAUGGGCUUCCACUGCACUGGUAUGCCCAUCUGCGCUAGUGCUGAUAAACUUUCCCGUGAAAUGGAAAUGUUCGGUCCUAAUUUUAUUGUCCCAGAGGAAGAGGAGCAAACUGUCUCUCCCAAACAAGAAAAUGCCAAGAAUGAGGAUGUUACUAAGCACAGUGGUAAAAAGAGUAAAGCUGCUUCUAAGACAGCUGCUGUUAAGUACCAAUUUCAAAUUAUGGAGUCGUUAGGAAUUCCUCGUAACGAAAUCAGCAAGUUUGCUGAUGCCAAGUAUUGGCUCGAAUACUUCCCUCCUUUGUGUCGUAGAGAUUGCACCGGCUUCGGUUUAGGUAUAGAUUGGCGCCGUUCCUUCAUGACAACUGACGCCAAUCCUUACUAUGACUCUUUUGUUCGUUGGCAAGUCAACCAUUUGCAUAAGGCUGGCAAAAUCAAGUUUGGUGAGCGUUACACUGUGUAUUCUAUUAGAGAUGGCCAACCUUGUAUGGAUCAUGACCGUAAAAGUGGUGAAGGUUUGGGCCCUCAAGAGUACACCGGAUUAAAGAUGCAGGUUUUGAACUUCCCCGAUGCUGCUCGUGAAUCUUUAGCUUCCAUUGACUUGUCAAGUAACAAGGUUUACAUGAUUGCUGCCACCCUUCGUCCUGAAACUAUGUAUGGUCAGACGAAUUGCUAUGUUGGUCCCAGCUUGACCUAUGGUGUCUAUGAGGGUCUUGUCCCUGGAGAGUUGUACAUCUGUACUCGUAGAGCCGCUAGCAACAUGGCUUACCAAGGCCUUUUGCGUGAACGAGGCGUUGUCAGGGAACUCGGCACUAUUAAGGGACAGGAGCUCAUUGGAGCUCGUAUUAAUGCUCCUUUGUCUGUUUAUGAAGAGGUUUAUGUCCUGCCUAUGGAGAGUGUUUUGCCUAACAAGGGUACCGGUGUAGUUACAUCUGUCCCUAGUGACUCUCCUGAUGAUUAUGCUACACUAGGUGAGCUCCGUAAGAAGGCUGAAUUUUAUCAUUUGAAUCCUGACUGGAUGAAAUUUGAUCCUAUCCCUAUUAUCCGCACACCUUCUUUUGGUGAUAUGUGUGCCGAAUUCUUAUGCAAGAAGUUGAAGAUUCAGAGUCCUAAGGAUGUUAAGCAACUGGCCGAAGCAAAGGAAUUGGCAUACAAAGAAUGUUUCUAUCAGGGUACCAUGAUUACCGGCGAUUAUAACGGUGAAAAGGUUGAGGUUGCUAAGCCCAAGGUUCGCGCCGACUUAAUCAAACAAGACUUAGCUUUCGUCUAUAACGAACCUGAGGGUCAAGUCAUUAGCCGUAGCGGUGAUGAUUGCAUUGUUGCAUUGUGUGAUCAGUGGUUUUUGGACUACGGUGAGGCCAACUGGAAGGCAAUAACUGAAGUUGCUUUGGAACGCUUAAACACGUUCUCCCCUGAAGUCCGUAAUGGCUUCAAGAAGAAUUUGGAUUGGCUCUCUCAAUGGGCUUGUGCUCGUUCUUAUGGUUUGGGUACACGCUUACCUUGGGAUCCUCAAUUUUUGGUUGAAAGUUUGACCGACUCCACCAUCUACAUGGCUUUCUAUACUAUUGCCCACUUGCUUCAAGGAAGUCCUAAUGGAAGCGUUCCUGGGGCUUUGAACAUUAAACCUGAGCAGAUGACUCCUGAAGUGUGGGACUAUGUUUUCCGUGACAGCUCUAAGCCUGUUAAUACAUCCAUUUCUGAUGAAGCUCUAUUCAAGCUUCGCCGCGAAUUCCAAUACUUUUAUCCUUUUGACAUUCGUGCCUCUGGUAAAGACUUAAUUCCUAACCAUUUGACUUUCUGCCUUUACACACAUACUGCCAUAUUUGACGAAAAAUAUUGGCCUAAGGGUAUUCGUGCUAAUGGUCACCUUCUUAUGAAUGGCGAAAAGAUGUCUAAAUCUACAGGAAACUUUAUGACUUUGCAUGAAGCUUCCAAGAAGUUUGGUGCUGAUGCUACUCGUUUGGCUUUGGCCGAUGCCGGUGAUACGGUUGAUGACGCUAACUUUGAGGAAGCUAUGGCUAACUCUGCCAUUUUGCGUCUCUAUACCCAAGAAGCAUGGUGCCGUGAGAUGAUUGAAAAGGUGGAUGAUUUGCGUACUGGUGCUUAUAACUAUCAUGACAGUGUCUUCGAUAAUGAGAUAAACCUAUUGAUUGAGUAUUCCCAUGAAGCUUACAGCGCAACUGCUUACAAAGCCGCUUUAAAGAAUUGCUUCUACGACUUCCAGAAUGCUCGUGAUUGGUACCGUGAAGUUACAGCUGAUCGCGGAAUGCAUAGGGACCUUGUCAUGCGCUGGAUUGAAGCCCAAGUUUUGAUGCUUGCACCUUUUACUCCUCACUGGAGUGAACAUCUCUGGCUUGCUGCUCUCAAGAAGCCUACUAGCAUUCAUGUGUCUGGUAGAUUCCCUCGUGCUUCUGGGCCUGUAAAUUCUGCUCUCUCAAACUCAUUGCAAUACGUUCGCACCUUGACUAAACUUAUUCGUGAAGCUGAAGCUGGUCAAUUAAAACGUCAAAAGAAGGGCAAGGGCAUGCUAUUUGAUCCUUCAAAACCUAAGCGUUUAAGCAUUUUCGUUGCCGAUAAGUUCCCUGAAUGGCAAGCUCAAUACGUUUCUCUACUCCAAAAUUACUACAAUGAAGCAGAAAAUAAGUUUGAUGAUAAGGCAAUUAUUUCAAAUGUCGAUAAGAAGGCUAUGAAGGUUGCUAUGCCUUUCAUUCAACAAUUCAAGCAAUCGGUUAUUAACCGUGGUGAACACGUUCCUGCUUCAUCGAUUUUCAGUCGUGAAUUAGGAUUUAACGAAUUAGAUGUUUUACAAGAGGUUAAGCCCUAUCUUAUUGGUAAUGUUGGUAUUAAGGAACUCCGCAUUGUUCGUGUUCAAAAGCGUGCCGAUGAUUCUUCUCCCAUUACCGGACUUGUUGAAAAUGGUCCUGAAGCUGGCAGUGCAAUUGAAAUUGCUGCUAAUUUUGCGAAUGCCGUUCCUGGACAACCCACCUUUUUGUUUGAAAACGUUACGGCUUAAAUAUUCUGAAUUCAUAAAAAGAUUGCAUACAUGUUCUGGUAUAUGGUAUAGAUAGAACUUAAUAAUAGCUGUUUUGUUUUGUUGUACUAGAUUUGGUUUAUGCUUGUAAAAUGAAUACAGAGCAAGGCAUAUGGUUCAUAAAUUUACUAGACAGAAAGUCA